AGAUGACACACGGUCAAACUGGAAAUAGAGAUCCGGCCAGGAUCCCCCACGUAAUUCGCAAACUCGUUUCUGGAGCAGACAGGUAAUCAGGGUCUAGGAAACACGUGUCCUUUUCUUUCACCAUUUGUUUAAAGGUAAGUUUUUCCCUCUCCAACCUCCAUAUCUAAGCCAGCCACCGGUUGUUUGGUUUCUGCUUGCAUCUCGUCAUUUCAUUUGGUUGUGAUCGUCUCACCUGUAAAUGUAUUGUUAGAGAGAAAAGUACAGAGCAAAAAAUGACCAGUAAAUUGCUGGAUGAAGUCCGUGGAUUCGAAAAGGGUUGCUUCUUCGACCUUGGCCACCCUCUCCUCAAUCGCGUCGCUGAGAGCUUUGUCAAAGCCGCUGGCAUUGGAGCAAUUCAGUCGGUGUCACGUGAGGCUUAUUUCACUGCAAUUGAAGGCAGUGAACUUGAUUCAAGUGGUGUGCCGCCAGAGCUCCCUACCUCUACUGAUUCCAAGAAGCGCCACCGAUUUCCUGACCUCAGAGGAGAAACUAACAGAAAAUCUCUUGAAGCAUUGGUGAAGAGCACGGGAAAAGAAUCCUUACAGUGGGGACUGGCUGCUGGCAUGUAUUCAGGUCUUACUUAUGGACUAAGAGAGGCUCGUGGAGCUUAUGAUUGGAAAAAUAGUGCAGUGGCUGGAGCCAUAACAGGUAUGGCAUUGGCACUUACAAUAGAUGAUGUUUCCCAUAAGCAAAUAGUGCAAUGUGCGAUCACUGGAGCUGCAAUUUCCACUGCUGCAAAUCUUCUAAGUGGGAUAUUCUGAAGCCGGAAAUGGAUCUCAAAACGAGGCUGCUGCUUAAUUUCUAGUUUAGUUGAUAACAUGUUGCUACUUUCUUGAACAUGCACUGCCAUGGUGAUUGAAAGGCUUGAAUAUUCAACCCCCCCCUCCCCCUGCGUUUUGAUCGAAGUCCGAAAAUGUUUUAUUUGUAUACGAUUUUUGAAUCUAAUAAAGUCGCUUAAUCUUAAA